AUGCCGCGACGCAGCUCAAGGCUAAGCGCAGCACUGAGCGCAGCUGCGGGGCCGUCAACUUCCACAUCGACAGUGCAGCGUAUGGCUGUUGGAAUCACACCGCCACAACAAUCCGCAAGAAAGGCAACCUCCACCAACGAGACAGCGUCUUGUUUCCGAACGGCUCGAUCGCCUUCCCACGCAUCAGAACCAAACAUUACACCAUACUAUGCUAAGAGCUUGUGCGACCCUUCAAGUCCAUCAUUGGGCGAUGCAUCAAGCAGCUAUCUUGCAGUGCAGUCCUUCUUCACACAACUCGCAAGGCCGACGAUCCAGCAACAAGCGGUUUCACGUAUCACUGCUGCCUCUCCAGCAUCGCAUGCUGGCGUGCUCACUCGAUUGAGGCAUGCGAUUCGGCCUGCCAGUAGCAUCCUACAGCAAGCUCGUGGCUUCCGUGCUGCCCAGAUACCUCGAGCGGACGAUAAAGACCAGUCAAGAUCAGACAAUGCCAAGACACAUGCCGCUCCCACAGAUUCCGCGACGAAGCACGCCAAGCAUCCUGUCUCACAAGCGACUGGAUCUUCUCAUCCCCAUGCAGAGCAUAGUCACGACGCUGUCAAAGCGCCGUCUCCGAGCACAGAGUUGACGAAAGCCGAACGCGCCUAUCAUCAUUUUGCCAAUUAUCCAGCAUCGCUGCGUCGCUUGGCUAUGCGUGCUGUCCCCACAUCCUCCCAGAAUGGUCAGGGCCAACUGUCGAAAGCCAAUGAAGUGCAGCCGCACGAACUCCAGCGCCUCCGGCCGUCGAAAGAGGACUUGCUGCGGUAUGCACAGGGCUUCUGGACUCGACUUCGCAUUCGGUUCAAGUGGUUCACCAUUCGCGGUUUCCGCCGCUUCAAUGCAGACGAUAUUAGCGCCUUUUUCACCCUUGGUGGUUUCACCACGGCCGUCUUUAUCAUUGUCGGCACCACCACGUUUUUCUCACUCAUCUUUGCCGCUCUCAAUGCGCUCAAUUUGCAAGAGUGGAUUGCCAGGAAGAUCGCUGACUAUCUCACUGCCGAGACGGGCGUCACUGUCGUGUUCGAGAGCGCCAUCGUGCCAAAGUGGAAGGAGAGCAAGAUCAGCUUCAAGAAUGUCUUUAUUUCUCGUCGCGCGCAUAGUGACGUCGACUCGUUGCUCGAGGAGAGGAGGCAAAAGGCACGUGACCGCAACCGAGAUCGACCCAACAAGGUCAAGCGGCGUACUGCUCUCACCGCUGGCGAUGGUAUGGCGUGGGAAGGUACACACUACGACGAGGUGGAAGAGGUGGCUCCGCCCAUGAGCGACGAAGCUCGUGGAGAGGAUCUAGCCGAGGACGACACGAUCAACACCAACUACACCAUGUUUGACCUGCAGGUUGACUCGAUCGACGUGACGCUGAGUCUGCAGCGCUGGUUCGAUGGCAAGGGACUCGUUGAGGAUGCCGUUGUUCGUGGUGUUAGAGGAAUCGUCGAUCGACGCAAUGUAUUUUGGGACCCGAACAAACCCUACGAUCCGAAAGCCGCACGACGAGCGCCCCGCCACGGCGACUUUGAGCUGGAGUCGCUGGUGGUGGAAGACUUCCUCGUUACCGUGUACCAACCGAACGACUUCCGGCCGUUCAACUUCAGUAUCUUUAGCGCGCACAUCCCCAAGCUGCGCAAGCAGUGGCUCUUCUACGACCUGCUCAGUGCGGAUUCGAUCACGGGCCAGGUGGACGGAUGUCUGUUCAGCCUGCAUAAGCCACAGAAUAUCAGCCGCACGGUAGAGCAGGAUCGCGAGAUCUCGAAUUCAAAGUGGAAGACCAUGUCGCGCAUGCGGGUGGAUGGUGUGAAUUUCGACCAUAUCCAGAACCAGUCGGAUCUGACAGGUCCCAUCUCGUGGAUUCUGUCGGGCAAGUUCGAUGUGGUGGCGGACAUCAAGUUCCCACGCGAUCUAGAUGACGAGGCUGACAUUAAUACGAUCAUCAUCGAGGUGUUGGACAAUUUGACGGCGGCGCUGUCGGGCGAGUCGAAUCGAGACUGCGACGACGAUCCGAUUCCAGGUCAACAUCGCUUGAGCGGUCCAGCGAUCGAAGCGCCCGUGUCUGCGGUGGGAGCUACAGCCGAGCGAGUGCGCAAGGAGAACGAAGAAGCGCGACGCCAAGGUCGAGAUCCUUCGAGCGCUGGCGUACAAAGGCGAGCUGUGGCGGAUGCGAACGCGACGUCGGACAACAGCACCGAGUCGUCGUCGUCAUCGUCGUUGUCGCCGCAGCUAACGCAAGACGGCGAGAAGACGAAAACGUCGAUCCCACCGCCGACAGUGGUUAUCGACAUGGACGUACGAUUCAAAGACAUCAAAGCGGCGGUUCCUCUGUUCACCAACGACAUCAGCUACCGCACCAACGCCUUUGUGCGUCCGAUUGUCGCGUUUAUGAACGCCAACAAGACGCUCAUCCCGAUUCGGUGUCGCAUCGUCAUGGAUCUGAGCGAGUUCGAUGGCUCACUCGACCUUGCGCAGACGGGCCUGCUGCCCGUGGUUUCUGAGAAGAUCUACGAGGCGUUGGCCAACCACGUGGCUAGUCAGAACGCGUCCACAAAGAGGCUCAAGAAUGUCAGUCUCUGGUCGUUGCAGGUGAGCGCCAAUGCUGCGUUGAAUCUGGUCACACUGCUGAGAAAUACGAUGGCUAGGACAACAGGGACAAACGGCGCAAUCGCGACCAAGCACUCAAAUUGA